AUCGCAAAAGCAAGAUGAAAUUCUUGGUGGUAGUGCUCCUGGCGGCCCUUGCUUGCGCUUCUUCAGUCGAGAAGCGAGAGGCGGACGCCGACCCUAGUCUCUCUCUCUACGGACGUGGUUAUGGUUCCCCUAGCUAUUACCGAGGUUACGGCUACCCAUACAGCUAUGGCUUCCGUCACAAGAGAUCUGCUAAUCCUGAACCCGAAGCUGAUGCAGAGCCUUCCUACUUGUACAAUCACUACCGCCCCUACUCUGUAGGCCAUAGCUACGUUCGACCUUACUCUUACGGUUAUCCCUACGGCCACUCCCACGCCCUCCACAAGAGGUCGGCCGAACCAGAAGCUGAAGCCUCCUUUAUUCACCCGCACUCCUACUCCUACACCCACACCGCUCCUGUGGUCACCUAUGGUUAUCCCUAUACCUACGGGUAUGGCUACCCCAGGGGCUACGGAUAUUAACACUAAAAACAGACUUCGUUCUUGCAUCACUUGUUGCCAGGAUGCAAUAAA